AUGGAAGAAACGGUGAAAGUGGUAACAUCAAACGGUGGUAUAAUGGAGCUUUACGCCCCCAUCACGGCCGAGUCCAUCACCAACGAAUUCCCCGGCCAUGCCAUUUUUAGCAGCCCCGACCAAAUAUCACCACCACUCCUUCACAACCAGGAGCUUCAUGCAGGUUAUUUAUACUAUCUUCUCCCCAUCAUCCAACAAAAAGACAGCGGUUCUGGUUCAUCCAUGGAGGCUCCGCCGUACAGGAUGUCUGUCGAUAAUCAAGGUAUGUUCAAGAGACUGUCAUCAGAAGCCGAGGUUUUUCCGAGGUAUAACAGCACCGGAGUCUGGAAAGUGAGGUUAGUUAUCAGCCCGGAUCAGUUAUCGGAGAUUUUAGCACAGGAGGCUCGCACGGAGGCGUUGAUAGAGAGUGUUAGAACGGUGGCGAAAUGCUCCUCCACCGGCGUUUCAUCGGUGGCUAAUUCCGAUCAGUGGAGCUGGAAAACCGCCUCUGACAGUGCAUAA